AGGUGGUGGCGGAAUUCGACGAUGUUGAGCCGGACGCGCUUUACGAUGUCCUACACGACCCCGAAUACCGAUCCGUGUGGGACACCCACAUGCUGGCCGCCGAGGACGCGGGACACAUCAACGUCAACAACGACGUCGGAUAUUACGCAAUGUCAUGCCCUGCUCCGCUCAAGAAUCGCGACUUCGUGCUGCAGCGCUCGUGGCUGGACACCGGAGAUGAGAAGAUGAUCCUCAACCACUCCGUGUACCAUAAAGACUACCCACCCAGGAAAGGGUUUGUCAGGGCGCUGUCGCUGCUGACUGGCUUCGUGGUGCGAUCGCGGCCGCAAGGGGGCAGCUGGCUAGGCUACGUGUCGCGCUCCGACCCGCGGGGGGCGCUGCCAGCGUGGCUGGUCAACAAGGUCACAGCUCAACUGGCGCCCCGUUUAGUCCAGCAGUUGCAUGCGGCAUCGCGCAAGUACCCCGGCUGGAAGGCUCUCACCGAACUCCCGUACCACAAGCCCUGGCGCCAUCCUGACCAAGUGCCAUCCUACAGGAUCUCUCUAGCUGAUUGCGUUGACCCCGACGCUCCGCCUCCACCAGAAGAACCGAAAGCCGACACUUCAAAGUCUAAGCUAGAAGUGCCUCGACCUAGGGAAAUAGAGAGUCACAGCGUCGAAGACUUAGGGGACAUAUCCUCAGAAUUCAGCGUAGAAGUGGAAGAAGAUAUGACAGACCUGACUUUGGACCCAACGAAGAAGCGCGGCAAGUUCUAUAAGCUGGUGAAGUCGAUGAAGAACAGACGGAAAAGCGUGCAGGUGGCGAAGAGUGCCGACAACCUCAUUGAGGGGAAAUCGGAAGAGAAGCAGGAGAAGAAGAAAGGUUUCAAAUUCCAUCGCAGAUUCAGCCUCAGCAGAGGUAGGGAGGAUUGA